GCCGAAACGUGUGUGUGUCAUUGGAUUUGUAUAAAAAACGCACCCAAAAAAAUGCUGUAGCCUCUGGCCGCCGUCGUCCGGUGUGUCUUGUUUACGAUGAGGACGUAAGCCUUUUCCACCGUUGUCGCGCCGACAUUUAUUGAGGAGCAAGAGAGAUCCGGGCCAUGUUGACCUUCCCCUCCGACUCGCUCCCCCACCUUGUUUUCCCGAUGGAUGGUGAUGCAAUGCCCCCUCACCCUUUCUGUAGUGCACCCCCCCACAGUGAGCCUCCACCACCACUACCUUCUCUCCUCCCUCUCCCCUCCAUCACUUCCAGAGCGGGUGAUGGAACCUCCGGCCACCGGAAGAGAGGUCACGUCCAAACAAUCAAAUCUCAGGUGGAGCAGAAAGUGGCGACGCUGUCCACGAACAAUCCGUCCUCCUUCAGGAGACAGAGUGACAACAUGGUGCAAGUAUCUCUGGCCAAGCAGCCGAGAGUUGAAUGCACGUAUGAAAAUGACAAGCACGAGCAGGAUAGCUGUGAUGUCAACCCUCCGAAAGAGUUCCAAAAUGCGGAGAAAGACUUUGCAGAGGAACAAGACUCGCGUCAUCUGAAGACAUCAGAACUGAUACUGGCCUGUGAGGCGCCGAGCAAUGUCGUGAACGUAAGCGCUUCGGCCUCCAACGGGUGGCUGAUGGGUCCCUUGUUCCAAUCCUUCAAGUCCAAGAUGGCCAGCUUCACAGAAAUAGUCAUGAGUCCCACUAAACUCUUCAAGGACAAAAACCUACCGGCUCCUGAACAUGAACCAAAUGAGACUGACUUGUUUUCGGAAACCGAACGGGAGCCUCAGGAAAAUGGCAAAUGGGAAGAAAAUCACAGUUUGUUCACUCAGGUUCUACAACCUGGAAGUGACUGUUACCAUUCUCAUACAUUGCAAAGCUCUCUGCCUGAGGAAGUCGAAGUGCCAUCUAGCCAGGAAGUGUCACUUUUACAGAACCCCAACUUAAAGAUUGACAACGUUGUUGUGGAAGCAGAAGUGCCAACAAGGUUAACAACGAAGCCUGGCGUUGAAAAUAGUCCAGCCUUGCACUCCUGCAAUGUGCAGCUGGAGUGUUUUCACUGCAUUUCUCACGAUGCCAGCGCUCUUGUACCGGACCAUGUCGACAUCGCUUCCCAACAGACUAAGUCCGGUUUAGUACGAUCCAAAGUCUGGGUAGAGAGGAAAAGACUAAAGUCGGACACCCAAAGUGAUGUCGUUAAACAUCGCAAACAGAAAGCCCCGUCCGCGCUUACGGAUGGGCAGGAUGCACUCAAACCUGCCACCAAGUGUCGCAAUGUCAAGAGGGACGCGAAAAGUGACAAACAGAAUGACAUUGAGAAGAAGGCCCAGAAAGCCCACGCGGUGCCCGCUGAGCCAGUUCUGCUGGUCAGGAUGGCAAAUACAUCCACGCGCAAACGCAAGUCGCUGGGCCCGACACCCUCUGCCAUUUCUGUCUACCUGCCGGUGACCACGCUGCCAGUCGCUCAAAAUGAUGGCGUUCCCGACACAGGGCGUGCCGGACCCAUAAAAAGGCCCAAGAAGGCUUCCCAAGGUGGGAUUGAGGUGCACACCAAAAAGACUGAAGCUAAACUUGCAAAAGCUCAAAUGUCCACAGAACCACUUUACUUUGAAAUGACUCGCUUUGAAAGUAAUCCGUCUGAAUGUACUGAGCCAGACCAAAACGGCGAUGUGGGUUCCAAUGCCACCAGGUUACUUGACGGAAGGGUUCACCGAAAGCAGUCCAAGAAGCCCCGCUCUAAUCGGGCCCCCACACACAAUAUGAAGACCUCUGCUAUGGCGGAGGACCUCCCGACGCAGACUGGCCAAGGCGUUUCGGCGGUCGGUCUAUUGCGCAGCUCUUCGUGCCCGGAGAUCCCCUCACUCUUUGCCCCGCUCCCUCGCCAGUCACCGCACGCUUUGGUCCCUGUGCAGGUUCCCGGAGGCUCGCACCGCACCCGCCGUCACACCGUGAGCGGCAUGGAGGUGGAGCGAGAGAUUGCGCCGCUGUGCCUGCGGAAGGAGGUGUACCCGUCCCGUCGCUCCUUCCCGUGCGAUGGGCAGAACCUGUUGCCCACCCUCGCGCCUGCCUCCUCGCUGUCAGUGCUAGUUUCCUGCUUCCUGUCCAGCCCGUUGGCCUUCCUGUCCGGGAGAGACGAGGGCAGUUUGGCAGCUGCUGGCUCUGCUACUUCGUCUUCUUCGCCGUCUCUCGUGAGAACAGAAAGUCCGGGCGGAGCCCUGGAUGCCUGCACCAGCACGAGUCAGUUGGCGGACGAGCUCGACGGAAGAACGUGUAGCGAGGAAUACUAUGAGGACACAGGUCCCUCCGGUCAAGAGUUUGAUGAAGCGACAGCGGCGCUGCGGGAAGAAAAAUCUCUGUCCGACUUUGAGUUGAAGACGUCGCAGAAGCACGAGCAAGGCGGCAAGGUGUCGUCCAUUCGCAUCCGGAGGGCCCUGCCUAAACCUCAGAACAACCUGACGCCCAUGGGCCUCCCCAAAGCUGUCAGGCUGAAGAAGAAGCAGUUCAGCUUGGAGGAAAUUUACACCAACAAGAACUUUAGCAAACCUCCAGAAAGCCGGUUGGAGACCAUCUUAGAGGUGCCACUCAGCCGCCGUGACGGCGCCGAGUUGUUCUUCGGCCAGCGCCGCAUCAAGCGCUCUGUGGUGUUCCCCGAAAUGGGCGCUGCCCGGAAGCCCAAGAAGGUAGCGGUCGGCGGAGGCAAAGUGGGAGUUGUGUCGUCCCGCACCCGGCGAGGGGGCUUCGCCAAGGGCGGCACAACCCCGUCUCUCCUGCCGCCACCGGACGCUGACACUCUUCUGUGCUCCAAGCUGAAGCAGCUGGACUUGUGGAUUUCCAGCGACCGGGCGGAUGCCGGGUGUUAAUGUUGGUAGUUUUCCCGAACACGUUGCCUUGGUGCUUGUAGUUUUGGCUGCUACGGUUACCACACUUGUACCACAGUAAUGGCAGCUCUUAUUUAUUGCAACUUAAUCACAUGACGCUCUUGUUAUUGUGUGUGUGUUGUCGUUUAAUGAGGCGGCUUUAAACACAAUGUUAGUAUUCUCUUUGUAUCCAAGAGUCGUUUAUUUUUUAUUUCUACAGUGUCUGUAUAAAAAGCACAACAAGCAUCAAAGUAAGAAGGCAAUAAUACGUUUUUUUUUUGUUUUUUUUCAACCAUGUUGGGUAACUUAAACGUUUUCUACAAUAUUUGGUAUUGAAUGUCAAGUAUUUGUCACGUACAAAUGCUGUCACACUUGUUUUUAUACAUGUGGUUUUACAAGCGGUGGAAAAAUAAAUAUCAGCUUCUAAACGUGCCAUACGCUUUGUUUUGUUCUGCCACCUCAGUCUUUCAGUGUGACCAAGUAGGAAAUGAGCGCCAUGAGUAUCGGAGUAAGUGCCAGAAUGGUCAGCCAGAUGACAAUGGAGGUGAUGGCAAGCCUUUUGGACCGUCGUGAAAAACGGGCCGACAGCUCUCUGUUCACCUCCUUUUCGGCCUGUCGGGAAGAAAAAAAAAUCUUUUGGCUGGCAUUAACAGCCUUGGACAUGCAAACUGCAAUAAAUGAAGACCCCUUGUUCGCAGAUUAUGUUCAUUACAUGGUUUAUCCAGACAAUUCCUGAAUAUGUACUCUGAUUGUGUGCAAAGGACAAGUGCAGGGUUGUCCAAAUUUUCCACGUUUGUUUUCUCCUUUUUUGAAAAUCUAACUUCAAGUCACAAUUUCUCCAAGAUGAAACAUCGUCACAAAAUAGUUGAUUAUGUCUUUGGAAAACCAAUGAUUCUGUCUACAAAUUCUUACUAUUUUUGCUUUUGUGAUUUUUUUUUGUAUUUUCAAAUGUUUCCUCAAUUAGGUCAUCUUUAACACAAUGUUAGGAUUAAUAAUAGUUACAUUAUGGAACACUCACAUUAUCCUUUGAAUUUUUUUUUUUUUUUAACAUUUUCCUUGUUCUCUAAAGUCUCCAAUGCUUAUGUUUUUACAAUUUAAUAUAUUCACCAUUUGAGUUUUAAAAAAAAAAAAAAUUUAAAUACAUGCAAAUUAUGAAGUCAUUCAUUGCUAUUGACCCAGACAUGGCUGGCAUUUGACUGAUCCUAUUUUACUGCCAUUGAGUGCAUAGACUGGCAGCAAUUGUUUGCAUUCUGGUCAAAAUGGAUAGGACACCUAGCGCCGUCAAUGGCAGACAAUGGUUAAAAAAUAAAGAUUGGAAUUUUUUUUUU